AAUUCUAUAACCUCACACUUUAUGUUGGUUAUGUUUAUACUCUUGCAAAUUAAUUUUAGAUAUACAAUAACUAAUACGUAUUUCGAAUGUUUAGUAUAAUGUCCUUAACCCAAAAAAGCUUGAGGACAUUUAAAUAUAUAGUAAGCACCAAACGUCAUUUCCAUGUUACUCCUAGUUUAUAUGAAUUUUGGGAAAGAGAUGAGAAAGGGGGCUAUAAAAAUCGAGAAAAACUUCCUCCUCUUUGGAAAUUAAUACCUGAAGGGUUUAAAGAAUUAAAAAAAGAAGUCGCGCUCUUCAAAAAAGAAUUAUAUGAUGAUUUUUUUUGGUUGAAUAAGCCUUUGUUUGUUCGACCUGGGGAAAUAGACGUUGUAUGGAAAUUUGGUCAAGAAAGCCAUUUGCAUAACUGGGUGAUCACUUCAGACAGCGAUCAUAACGAAGGUUUUAGUAAAUGCGAAUUAAAGCUCACUAAAGAUGGCAAAGGUUUAUUCUCAGGCGAAUUGAAUAAAACAGUACCUAAAGAUGGAAAAAUUUCCCGAGCAGGAUAUUGUAACAUGAGAACAAAACCAUUUAGAAAGUCCUUCAAAAGAAUGAAAUAUUUAGAUUGGACGUAUUAUAAUGUAUUGAAUAUGAAAGUAAGGGGUGAUGGAAGGUCAUACUUUAUAAAUAUAGGAAAUAAAGGAUACUUCGACAUAACUUGGAAUGAUACCUAUCACUAUCCUUUAUAUACAAGGGGAGGACCUUAUUGGCAAAUAGUUAGGAUACCAUUUUCUAAAUUCUUCUAUUCUUCAAAAGGACGUAUUCAAGAUAAGCAGUUUGCAUUAUCAACUGAUAGAAUAUCUAGUUUUUCAAUUACAUUAGGCGACAAAGUGAAUGGACCAUUUUCACUUGAAAUAGAAUAUAUAGGUUUGGAAUAUGAUCCUUAUCAAAGGGAAACUUUUGCAUAUGAAAUGUACGAGUUAGAUGGUAAUUAUGCAGCCUCAUAAAUUUAG